UUUUCCUGUAUUAAAUACAACUUUCAAAGGUUUCAUUCGAUCUGUACAUUAUUUGGCAUGCAAUCUUGUAACUCUUUUUCCCACAUGAAGUGAAAGAACGUUCUUAAAAUUUGAUGUUAGCAGCAUUUUCUUUGUUUUCCAUCGUUUCUUUGAUUUAUACAAUUUCAUAAGCAAGAAUUAAACAAUUUCUCAAGGAAAAUGCCGUGCCUUGCCAUACGUAGAUGGACAUUUAGUGGUCUAGUGGGUGCAUUUCUUGAUCUUUCUAUUACCUUCUUUCUCCUAUGUGCAUCAGCUCUUGCUUAUUUCGCUUCCAAGUUUCUAGCCUUUUUCGGAUUGAAUUUACCAUGCCCUUGCAAUGGAUUUUUUGCAAUUCCUGACGCCAGCAAUAACUGCUUGCAAAGACAAUUUGUUGAUUACCCUUUACAGAAAAUAUCCUCUAUUCAAUCAUCUGUCAAGAGCAAGUUCCCUUUUGAUUCGAUAGGGAACCGUUCGCAAUGGAAAUCCAAUUUGGAAAAUUACAGGAACAUUGUUAAAAAUGAAGUUGCUGGAUCGGAGGGCGAGUCGUCGUGUAUCUCAUCUUCAGUGACGAGAGCAGAAAAUAGUAGAGAUGGGGAUUUGGCUAAGAUGAAAGAAAAGGGUUUUGUGAUGGGUGCAAUGAACUUGCAGGAUGUGAAGGAAAGAAAAUUUGAUUGCAAAUGGAAGGGUCUUCUACGCCACAGAUCAAGAAAUAACCUCAGACGUCGAAGAAAAGAUAACGGGAAGUUAUCACAGGUUUCGUCAUUUAAAUCUUUAUGGUCUGAUGCAGAAACUCCACAAUCUCCUCCUGCCAGAAUCAGGAAUGAAACAUGUAAAGACGGCAUGGAGCCUCUUAAUUAUAGAGGUACAGUCUCUGAAGUGAACUGCUAUGAGAUUUUAGAUGGAAAGGAAGGUUCGGUGGUGGACAUUGGUUCGAAAAGAAAAAUUUCCCAAGGUUUUGAAUUGUACGAACCAGUAGAUGAGAAUGAAACAUCGGAUCAUGAAAAUACUUCUGAUUUAGAUGGAAAUGCAAGAAACACAAUUAGGCUCCUGGAACUAGCACUGGAAGAAGAGCAUGCUGCUCGAGCUGUCCUGUAUGUCGAACUAGAGAAAGAGAGAAGUGCUGCUGCUACUGCUGCAGAUGAGGCUAUGGCUAUGAUACAGCGUCUACAGAAAGAGAAAGCGUUGAUAGAAAUGGAAGCAAGGCAAUGCCAGAGGAUGAUAGAAGAGAAAUAUGCAUAUGAUGCUGAAGAAAUGAAUAUUCUGAAAGAGAUACUAUUAAGGCGAGAAAGGGAAAAGUAUUUCUUGGAGAAGGAAGUUGAGGCCUAUAGGCAAGCAAUUUGUAAUGAGCAAUUUGAAGCUGAUAACACAUCUGGAUACUGGUAUCCAAGCGAUGAAGAUUUAGGGUCGAUGAUGCCGCAGAAGAUUGGUGACUCCACUAGCAGGAAGUACAAGGGAGAAAAAGAAACCUUCAAAGAAUUACCAUCUAUAAAACUAAGCGAAGAUGAUAUCUCUUCAAUUCAUGGUGACAUUGCAGGACAUUCAAGUCUUUCUGAUGAGGAAAGCAUACAGCAGAAGGCAUGUGCAAGUCCAAAGUUGAUUCAGACAACUACUUCUUUAGUACAUAAAGCUGUUGAUAAAGAAAGCGUUCAUGAUAUUCAUGUUAUUGAAGAUCAAUCUAGUAUGUCUAAGCAGGUGAUAGAAGACAAAAAUAAGCAACUAUUGGCAAAUGCUUCCACCUUAACCCACACUGCAAAAAUAGGCAGAACUUCCAGCAUUAUACCAAGCGGAUUACCGCCAAUUGGCAGUUCAAGAGGCAGAUCAAUGCGUUCUGAAAUGCGGAGAAAAUCCAUGUCUGCAUUUGAUGCUGAAAGGUAUAAAAUUGACAAUGAAAUCAUUUGGCUGAGGGAAAGACUAAGAAGUGUGCAAGAGGGAAGAGAGAAGCUGAAGUUCUCAAAAGGGAGCAAGGAAGGGGAAAAAACACAGCUACAGAUGCUGGAAGAUAUAACUAAUCAGCUUCAAGAGAUUCGACAGUUGACAGAGCCUGGAAAGGCUCUCCGCCGCGCUUCAUUGCCUCCUCUAACAUCUAAUGUUAUGUCAAAGAAAAGGCGUUGGCGAAGUGGUCCUUUGCUACUUGAAGGAAGCAUUUAAUGGCUAAUGCUGAUAACGUCAUUCUGCUUUAUGGAUAUAAAGAAGACUCAAACUUGUAAAUAGUAAUGCAAUUCGUUGCCAUUUUUCCAGGUGCAGGAACCCGUUCUUGAAUAUCUGAAAGUUAAAUGUAUGGAUAGUUUGCCAUUGGCGUGGAGUUUUUGUCUUCACUUUAGGUUAAGUUUUUACUGGGUUAGAUUUGGAAUGAAAUAUGUUAUGACGGCAAUUACAGUGUUGGAAUUAUUUCAAUUUGUUGCAAUUUAUGUUUAUUUAUUUUUAUGUAGAUUAGGCGGUAUUAUUCGUUAUCUAUUUAUUUUUUUUCAUCGCCAUCCGUAUCGAUUUUUUUUUAAUUUAUAUUAUUAUAUUGCGAUCAGUAAAUGUCAAUUUUUAAAAUUUUUCUCGUUAAUUAUUUGAAAUCUUUUAACUUUUCCUUUCAUAGAAUUUUAAAAUUUCUUUAUGAAAAUUGUAAUUAAUACCAUUUUAUGAGCUUUAAAUUUUGUUUUCUGAAUGUAUUGGUAGAAUUUUGUAGAGUUACAAUGUCAAUAGCUAAAAUUUUUUUAUUGAUAUUCUUACAAUCAAACUUAUUUAAUGACUAAAGAGUAAAUAUAUGGUUUAAAAUAGUCACUAAAUGGAGUGUGCAGACUGACAAUAAAAAUUAAAAGAGUUUUAUUAACGCAAUUGAAAAAUAUAAGUAUAAGUUCUUACUUUAUAUUUCUUGAUUGUAAUAUUUUUAUUCUUUUUAUUGAUCCAAUUA